CAGAAAGCCGCAUCUAGUCUUCAGUUGAAUAAAAGCAGCUUCACCAAGCUCCAAAAGUUACAACUUUGGGAAAGAACAGCCAUCAGUAAGAAUAAAAUUGUAGUUGCUCCUGGAGAUCUCAACUGUGGCGCACAGAUGAUGUCGCACGUCGACGAUGUCACGUACUGGUGGCAGGAGGGUAACAUCACCACAGCCGUGGGUGACACGGGAGGCACGACCCCGAUGGGCUUCCUGGGAAACGACACCGGCUACGACCACGUCAUAGUCUUUCUCAACGUGACGCAGGUCCUCUUCCCCGGUGCCUACUUCCUUCUGGCCUUUGUGGGGCUGAUCGGCAACACCGCAGUGCUCUUUAUCAUAGUCCGCCACCCAGACAUGCAGACGGUGACUAACUAUUUCAUCGCCAACCUGGCCAUCACAGACAUCUUCACGCUUAUCAUCUGUCUGCUGCCUACCGCACUCUGCGGGGCCGGUAUACUGCCUAUGGGACCCGCCGUCUGCAAGGCUAUCAAUUAUAUUCAAUACGUGACGGUGCAGGCAACAUGUUGCACAUUGACAGCAAUGUCAGUGGACAGAUACAAUCUUAUCGUUCAUGCCGUGCGAUCUAGAAAGAGCCGAACCACCACCAAGGUCCUCGUUGUCAACGCGUCCAUUUGGGCAGCUUCGUUCUUGAUUCACUGCCCUAUCGCCAUCUUCUCGAGAAUUACUCACCACAGCAUGUGCGAGACGGUGUUCUCUUCCAUACUGGCCGAGAGAGUGUUCCAUACAUUCGCCACGUUGACCAUGUACUUGCUGCCUCUCUCCAUCAACCUCAUGUGCUACAUCAGCAUUCUCCUACAAGUCUGGACCCGGACGGCAAGGGGCACAGAGAGCGCGCACGCACAGGAGCGGUCCGUACGACGCAAGCGCAAGAUCACCCGCAUGGUCUUUGUGGUGGUGCUGCUCUUUGCCAUUUGCUGGGCGCCCGCGCAAGUCCUCCGGAUGUGGCAGACUUUCGACUACGGCAACUACAACCGGUUACGCUUCGAGCACUACCCGCUGAUGGUCUCGAUAGAAUUCGUGGCUCUGUGUCUCGCCUACAGCAACAGCUGUGUCAACCCAUUCGUCUACGCCUUUACGACGACCAGUUUUAAAAAGUACUUCAAGAAAGUUUUCCGGCCAUGCUGCAGGUUCACGGACGGGCGGGCGAGGACAACGAGUACGACGGGCCCCUCGACAUCUCGCGUGUCAAAGGUCAUCACUAGGGAAGAGUCCUCCGUUUAGAACUAGAAAAUAUACGUACAAAGGGCGAGUUACAUAAACCAUCUGCUCACAAAUGUUUUCCCCCCAUAUAUAUUAUGAAUGAAAAGAAAGAUAUUCCUUCUGUGGCUGACCUUAUACAUGUUGGCCUACCUACACAUUUUUAAAUGUGUGGUGUUCACCAGAGUUCACCAGAGUUAAUAAUCCAGGCACUUGAAUUUCCCCGUUGACCUGAGCAGACGACCACCUACGACAGCCCUACUUUGGUAAUUUGACACAUGCCCAUCUCAGAGCCAGAUCCCUUGAACAACAAGAGAUCUGAGAUCUUUCACACUCAGUCCUAAAAACCAGCCAAAUAUAGGUGUUAUCGCCUGGAGUUUGUGGAUGAUUUGACAGGUAUCCAAGCCUCAUACCUAAAUCGCGAAAUCCAAUAAGUUAAUUGGGUGACGGAAAAAGUUCUCAGAAAUGCGUCAAAGUCAUAGUUACACUAGAUCUCGCUGUUAUUUUUUCAGGCCGUGCAGAUCCGGACACAGGGAAUUUAAACAAACAGGGGAUUUUGAAAGGGAUGAUAAGUAGCAGGCACAGCCUAAAGAGAAUGAAACGCCAUGGGGAUUUGUUUGUAAGGACAAUCUUCAACGUCUUAAAGCUGAAGUUGUCAUCUGGAGUCCUUCAAAAUACACUCCUAGUUGAUAGACGAUGUUUGUUUCGCAGAGAUAUCGGUCUGUCUGACUUCCGUUAUUGGAAGGUGGGACUAGCUCGUAUGACUUGUCUGACGUUCAUUCCUUUUAUUCCUUUUGUUCUCAAGUCGUCCAAAUCACUGAAUUUUCAGAAGUGAGUUAUUAACAAGUCCAUUUCACAAGUGCUUUUGGCAUUCUUGUUUACGACGUGAAACAUCCGUGUGGACUGAAGUGGGGGGACAUGAUCCCCAGCCUGACGCUCGGAUUUUCCCGUUUGUGGCAGGUCCAUGGCUUCAGGGGGUCCUGUCAAAUUGCAACAACUUAAAAGUAAUAGGAGGGUGAUUAUCUGGCGCGUGCAGAAUCAAUACAUGUCAGGAGGGAAAUAAAAAUGAAGACAGUCUCGAGAGGGCAUUCCUUUGGCGUUGAAAUCGGCGCUUGAUUCUGAAUAUUGGCCUCGGGGAAGAGUCGACUUCUGAAAGACUGAAAAAGUCCACAAGUUAUUUUGUGAAUUUGAAGCGAUUUGCAGCUUCAGAGCGUACAUGAGAGCUCUCGGCAUAUUUUAUUAAAGACGGUGGACAUGAGGCAUCGGAAGGGAGAGGGGAGAGGCCACUUUUCCGUUCACGCAUUUUGACUUUUUAGUCAGUAAAAUUUUGCUUGGUUCAUGUAUUUUAUUUUAUUAUAGUAAUUAUCAUUAAAUCUGACUGGUGUUAAUGACAAAUGGAAACUAGAAAGCACUCAGAGAGCACAAACCUCCGC